AUGGAAGAAGAUGCAGCUGAUGAUGUGGCGGUAGGAAUGGAAGAGCUUACUUUGGUUGAUGAAUUAAGUGACAGUGAUGAUGAUCCGUCUGUUGUCUACAUAUCCGAUACAAGUCAAACUGAAGAAGAACGUAUACCGGAAAGCAAGUUGAAGACGAGAAAGGAAAAGAAGAAGGAGAGAGAAGACAAAUAUCAUGGUACACCAUUGACCAACGAAGAGGUGAGUGCCUAAAAAUGGCCAUAAUUUUGUUGAUUUUUCAUGUUUAGGUAUGAAAAUUUGAGAAAAGCGAGGUGAAAGUGUGGAGUUUGAAUAGUGUUGCAGGAGUUUUUAAAAGAUAUAAUAAAUUUUGGGAUUUAGGUUGAUAAAGGUUGGCAGUUAGGUCAAGAAAGUGAUUUGGUCAAGAUUGUUUAUAACUUUUAAAAAUUUUAAUUUUUAAGCUUGUAUUUAUAGGAAAGCUAUAUGAUAUCAUGUAGUUUAUGACAUACUACACGACGUUUUUUAAAUUUUGUUUUUAGAAGCUAAGGGGUAAAAAUACUAGCAUGGUAGACUAUAAUGGUCAUAUCUUUUUUAAAUUUGGCCAUUUAGAAACGAAAUUUUAGUACAAGCAAGACAAGGUGAUAGUGUUUAAGAUGCUAUGUAAUCUUUUUUGAAAAAAUGAAAUAACAUUGGCAUUUUUUCAGUUGAUUGAGAUGAUGAACCGUCAUGAAGACGAUAUUCGAAAGUUUUUGGACGAAUAUUUGGCUUCUCCGAGGAUGAAAGAGAAGAACAAGGACUACAAAUCAACUAUAGAUUUGGGAGACAAGAUCGCGAUUACUGUAAGUUUUUUUAAUAUGUUGCGUUGAUGUUUAGGUAUCGACAGGAGUUGUAUGUUACUGAACAAUAAAUUUUACUGAGUGGGAUUUCCUUUUUAAACUGAAUGUUUAAAGUUUAAACUUUGAAAAGUAGUUUUCAAAAAUAGGGUUUAAAUUUUAAACUGUAAGACGAGAUAAACUUUUAAAUUUUCAGUUUUCAAUAUUGACGUUGAGCAAUCUGCGUUGUAACAAAAUAUCUUUUGUUUGUACGUCAUUGUUUCAAACGAAAAAUCAUGUAGCUCCAAAGAACUGUAUGGUUGGUUAUGUUCAAAUGAAUUGUCAAAAUGGGAGGCUUGCCUCUCACUAUGGUGAACUUAUCAGUCUUUUGAAGGAUUUUUUGAGGAAUCGUAAGUUAUUUUUGGUGUGUUUGGUCAUAUAAUACAUUAUUAAUGUAGUUAUAAUUAAAAGAAAAUAUUUUUUGCUUUGAUUUUGACAGAAAUUGACUGCAUUUUGAAGUUUGAAGGCUUUUAUGAAAGGAAAAUAUUAGUUUACUUACCUAAACAUGAAAAUAAUUGAAAAAUAUGAAUUUUGAUAGCUAAAAAUCUUAAAACUUGUUACUGAACCAUUAAAACAAAUGCAGUUGUAUUGCUUCAGCCGAAGAAAGAUCACCAAUUCCGGACGGUUCGAUCCCAAUCUUAGAAACAAUGAAUCUUAUACCUAAUGUUGUGGAGCAGAAACGUUUCAGCAGCUUUUCGUUAUACUGUACUUGUUGUGAACAACAUAUAAAGAACAUGUUGUCUAUUUUGGAGCAUGUUCGGUGUAGGGAACAUGAAUUUUUCACUAUGGUAAGAUUUUAUUGCAAAUUUUUUGUAGCAUUUGAAUUCUUCUGAAACUCGAUUUUUUACAAAAUUAUUAAGUUUUCAAUUAAUUCUGUGCCUCUUUUUUAGCGAUUGCAAGAACGUCGAAGCUUGGCCAAUUUUGUAAGACAGCUAAACAAUCAGAAACUGCUACCUCUUGUAAGCUGUAUCAAAGCCGAAAUUGAAUUUCAAAAACGUGAAGUUGACGCUAUGAUUGGGUCCUUGGUUCAGCUCAAUAUCUGCAAUUUUCACAAUUUUUUGACCAACGAAAUUACGGAGAAAUUGGCUGGUAAGAACUGGAAAUUUUUUUUGAUGAUUUUUUCAAGUUCAUUUUAAUUUUUUUGAGUUUAAAUAUAGUGAAAUGCUUAUAAAGUAGUCCUGUGAAGGGGCCGAGCCGUGCCUAAUUUUUCGGCCCAGUAAAAUCUUUCGUUGCGAGACCUAAGCUGGUUUUUGCUUUCUGACCGGCUCUUCAUACAAUGCGGUCUUUUUCAAAUUUGUUUUGGUCAGACCGAACCUAGUGGGCUCCUUAUCAAAUCUAAUAUAGAGUGCGUUUAAAGUUCCUGUAAAUCGAAACUCCAUCAUAAAAAACAAAUUUAAAACCCUCAAGCAAAUCGUUAUACAGGAGUUUCACUGCACACAAAUUUUAAUUGAUAUUUUAAUAAAAAUCAUUUAGGGUUACUAAAAAGAAAGCCAGAAGUCCACGUAGUACUAUUCGGAGGUCUACCAUCCAGUCUAGCAACUCCAGGCAAUCCAUUCGUAGUUGAUGCCUACAUCAACUUCGAAUCGAAAAAGAAUAUUCCAUUGAACAAGAAACGAGCAUACCUUCAAAAAAUCCUGAACGGCGAACAAAUGUUGGAUUUCGCUUUUCCUGGCGGCAAAGUUGUCAUGAAAUACCUGGGAAAACCCUUGACCUUGUUCUACACGAUGGACCCAAAGGCGGAGGAGGCGGCGCUGUUAAGCAAAUUACUUCAUUUGUACGCCAGCUUCUUUCCAGACUUUUAUAAAGCUGCUAUACAUAUCAGGAUUUGGGGAAAGGUAAGGGAUUGUCAUUUUUAAAAUUUUUUAAAUAAAAUUGCACUGAAAAUUUGAAAAUUUUUUAAAAAAUUUGUAAUGCAAAAGUUUUACUGUAUUUUGCAGGGCUUCUAUUGUAUUUAAAUACGUUUUCAAUUUUCAAAAACUCACUGAUAUCAUUCCAGAGGAUGGGUUUCAAUUCCACCUUUGACGAUCGUGGUGUAUCAGGUGUCGUUUUCGACAUGAUGGUCCUAUUCUUCCUCCAACGAAAGGGUGUCAUACCAAUCGUCAACGAACAAGCCUUGGGCAUGUCAUUCAAAGAAUUCUUCGACCAACCCUACCGAUUCCAAAUACGCGAGUUCGAAGAAGUCGGAAAACAACCAAGAACGUUUGAUGUCGCGACUGUCAUCUUCGACUUGUUCUCCUACUACUCGGCUGAAUUCGAUCCAGCUGAAAUCAUUCAAAUCGUGGACAAAAACCCCGUUUACAAAGAGAGAAAAGGCACCAAAACCUGGGUGGUCGAGUGUCCCAUGACCAAAGCCAACCUGUUUCAAUGCCGUUUGGAAAUAGACGCCUUCUUCCAAUCCGUCAUCUUCUACUCCACAGUCUCAGCGUUCCAAGUCAAGGAUCACACUGGGAAGUUGGUCGAUUUUGAGUAAGUUGCUUUUGUAUUGGGUAGAGGAUAAGGUCAGGAACAUGGUUAGAUGGAGGUUGGGGAUUAGUGAAUGCAGGAAGGGAAUCUACCUACCCUAGGGACGAUUCGAAAAAUAAAAUUACGAGGUAAUUGUAAGUGGAAAAAUGGGAAAAUCUUUGAAAAAUGGGUGCGCAGGGUACACGUUACCCUACACAUAAAAACGGGGAGUAGAGGAAGAGAGAGGGUAAAUACAGUGGCGGCAGGGACUUCGCUACGGAUUUUCUCUGGGGGGAGGGGGAGACCGAAAAAAUUUUUUUUUGUCCACAGGUGGACCGUUUUCAAAAAAUUUUUUUUUCGUUUUUUCACGUACAGGUCCUGUGGAAUUUUUUUCGGAUUGGCUCUGGGGGAGGGAGUACCCCCCCCCCCCCCCUCACCCAAACGACGUCCCUGAGUGGCGGCUACAAAAAAUGGGAGACGACGGUUUUGAGUGUAACUUUCUUGAAACUAAAAGAGGAAGGCUUAAAAUUUUUGUGAUUUUACAAUAUUCUUUUUGUCAACAAAAUUGCAAAAAAAAAUUUUUUUCUUGUCGAUUCAAAAACAUUACAGUAAUUCUACUGUACCCUAUAAUUCCGAAGUAUGUUCAUAAAUUUUUUUAAAUCGAAGAUGUACGUUUUAAGUUCUGAAAGUCUUAUCUUAUGGUUGUUUCUUAUUCAUGAGAUAAGAGCAUUUAAAAAUGGUCAACAACCAAACAAGUUCGAUUCCGCUUGAAAAAUCGAAGAUUUUUUAAAUUUUAAAAUCUGUAACUUCUUUACCGUAGGAGAUGCAAUAUUAAAACAUUCAAAAGUUGUGCAACUUUUUAUGCUCUAUAAAAAGUACAUCUUUGAUUUAAAAAAAUAUGCACAUACUUCGGAAGUAUUGGGUACGGUAGAAUUACUGUAACUUUUUUGAAUCGACAAUAAAAAUUUUUUUUUGCAUUUUUGUUGACAAAAAGAAUAUUGUAAAGUCACAAAAAUUUUAAGCUUUACUCUUUUAGUUUCAAGAAAGUUAUACUCAAAAUAGUCGUGUCCCAUUUCUUAUUGCCGCCACUGUAUUUACCCUCUCUCUUCCUCUACUCCCCGUUUAUGAGUGUAGGGUAACGUGAAGUAGAGUAGGGUGAUAUUCCUUUAUUAAAUAAUUCAAAUUUUGUUUUAGACGAUCCUGGUGUUCAACGAUGCGCGGUCAAAAACUACCUUUUCUUUGUGUGGCAAAACCAAGCACUCGCUCAAAUGCGAGAAUUCCACAGCUUAUGCCACCACACAAUGGCACUUUUCAUCUGCAUCAUGGCGUGGUAGGUCUUGUUGAGCUUUUGAAAUUUUAUUGAAGUUUCUAGGUUGGAAACAACAUAUAACUUCUUUUUAUCUUGUUGAAAUUAAAAAUUUUAAAAAGACACUUUUGAGACAAAAAUAAUUUUAGUACACCCCUAAUCUCGAGUGCGACUUCUGCGGCGAACGUCAUGUGGAACGAGAUUGCUACAAACUGAAGAUGGAAGCAAUCGAUAACAAGCCAGUAGCGCCCGAAGUCAUCAAAAGGCUAGAUGAUCUCAUCUCGAAACAAUAUCACGAAUUAAAGGCUACAGAAGCAUGCUUGAUCAAGGCCAAAAGUUUUGUGGAUGACUUGAAGUCAGAGCUGCGAAAACACUUGAGCAAUGACGAUAUUAGACUAGACCUUUUCGGCUCUCUAGUGUCUGGUUUUGGCUCAAUCGCUAGCGAUUUGGACGUCUGUUUGCGGCUACAGCACGAUGAAGUCACGGAACAAGAUAUAGAAGUAGGCAAAGUGCUGCUGAAGAAGACCUACGACUACCUACUGAGGAAUAAGUACAUUUGUCGACUGGUCUCGAGUGCCAAAGUACCAAUUGUCAAAUUCGAAAGCAAGAGCUUGGGAUUCAGUGGAGAUAUCAGCUUCUACAAUUGUCUGGCACUACACAACUCCCAGAUGCUCCGAGAGUACUGCGACUUUGAUGAAAGGGUACCGGAGCUGGGAGUGGCUAUCAAAGCAUGGGCACGAGCUUUUGACAUCAACGAUGCUUCGCAAGGAACGCUGAGCUCAUACGCUUUGAUUGUCAUGAUGAUCUUUUAUCUACAGAAGCUGAAAAUACCUGUUUUGCCGAGGUUGCAGGUAUGGUUUUGAAUUUAAGAAAGGUUUUGAGGGGUUUUAAUGGUGAUAAUUGGGGAAACCUGAUCUAUUUGAAAUUAAAAUUUAUUAAAAAAUUGAUUUUGAUACAAAAAAGUGUUUUUCAGGACCCAACUUCUUGCCCAGAUCUGAAUUCAGAGGAAGAAAAAUCAGUAGGAGAAUGGAAAGUUCAUUACUACAAACCCACGAAAGAGUUCAAGGACGCCUUCAAGAAGAACACACAAAGUGUUGGUGAAUUGUUUGCUGGAUUCUUCGACUUCUACGCCUCUUAUCAGUACAACGAAGAGGUGGCACAGAUCAGAGAUGGCAAAGUUUUGACGAAAAUUGAAAAAGAAUGGACCAAACACUUGUUGGCUGUCGAAGAUCCCUUCGACUGGGAUCAUAAUCUAUGUUCUGGGGUUAGGAAAGUUAGUAAGUGGAUAUUGGUUUUAAGAUAUGAAGGAGAUAACGCGAGAAAAUUAAUGGAUUUGAACUCCUCGCGACUAUAUUUUGGCCUUUUGUUGAGAGUUUUUCAGUUUUUUUUUAUUUUACCACCGUUUUAUGUCAUUUUUGAUGUUGCCAUAAUACUAAACACCUAAUUCCAGCUGGCCUGUACAUUAUGCACACCAUGAACGUCAUGCAACAUGUCCUCCGAACCAAAAGAGACAUUAUUCGUUCGCCUGACUUUUUACUGGACAAACUGGACCAGUUUGUACCAAACACGAGGGGUUCUGUGGGAAAAGUCUGCUUCCAUUGUCACAACAAAGGCCACAUGAUACAGAAAUGCCCCAAAUUGGCGGAAAAGCGAAAGUAAGAUGGUUUUAUUGGAUUGAUCUUGCUUGGGGCAAUUUAAAAAAAAAUUUGAAUAAAGAUAGAAGGUGCAGUCUGUACAAAACUUCGCAUUACAAUUUACUGUUUGUUUAACUUACCUUCAACUAAAUUGUAUUUUCCAGAAUGAACAAAAAACUGGCUAUCGUGAGAAAGCAACGAGAAGCCGAACGAAAACUCGUCAAAGAAAAAGAACAACAAAUUGAAGACGAGACGGCCAGAGUCAGUAGAGAAAAAGGAGAGGACUUCAAGAAUCGCGUGAGGGAAAAGUUGGCCAAUGAAAAACCAUCAGCGUCGCACUUAAAAGGCCGAGACCUACUAGAUGUUGCCAGAGCACGAAAGAAAUUAGAAAAACAAAAUGGUACUAAUGGGACCGGAAAGGUGGUGACAAAAGAUAAUAACAACAAAGAUGGAAUUGGAAACACCAAAGAAGUGUAUGGAAAGAAGAAACCGAAAACAUUGUCGCCAAAGAUUGGGAGGAAGUUGAUGUCACCGAAGGUUGAGAAAAAGGUGAUGUCACCGAAGAACGGUGAGAAUCAGAAGGUAUCGUCAUCCAAGAAUGGAAAAAAGAGUGGCAAUAACAGCCCAGAACCACCGAGUACGUCCUCGAAGAAGAAGGAUUCUCGAAAGAAAUCAAAAAGCUCAAAAUGA